AUGGUGAAGGCCACCAGCGUGAAAGAUGUGGACCAGCAUGAAGCUGUGAAGCAAAUUGCUCACUUCCUCAAAAAGAGCGGCAAAGUAAAAGUUCCCGAGUGGUCAGAUAUCGUCAAGCUUGGAACCAAUCGUCAGCUCGCUCCAGUUGAUCCUGAUUGGUAUUAUAUUCGUACUGCUAGCAUUGCCAGACGCCUAUACAUUCGAUCUCCAGCUGGAGUUGGUGCUCUGCGCACAGUUUUCGGUGGAAAGAAAGGCCGUGGAUCCCGACCCAAUCAUUUCAAGAAGGGAUCCGGGUCAGUUGUUCGUAAGGCCCUGCAAACUCUCGAAGCAAUCAAGUGGGUGGAGAAACACGCUGAUGGAAAAGGCCGAGUAUUGUCGAAGCAGGGAAGAAAAGACUUGGACCGCAUCGCAACUGAACUUCGCCAGCACGCCAAGCCGGUUGAGCUCUAA